CUCUCGGUCGUCAUUUCAUCCCUCCACACACCAACUAGCGAUUUCCGAUGGAUCAGACCUGCUGUGCCAUCGAGAUAUGACUCAUUCAAGUCAUUGACAAUCCACCACCUCCAACCUCAAGAACAAAAGAUCAUUGCGACGAUGACGGUACUGGUACCGUUACGUACCGUCCUUUCUGCACCUCGCCAACGUCUCAAGUUUCCAAUGCAGAAUGCGACCUUUCCAUUCUUUCCCCGUUUUCCACACGUAACAUGCGAUAAUGUCAUUCGACACAUUGGCGGUAGCAGAUCUCCACGCCUUGUGCAGCAUCACCAUAUGAAGUUUGUCCAUUCAUGCACUGCAUCACGACAAAAACUCCGCCCUGGCACAAUCUCCCCUUCAGCACCCCUUCAGCGAUUGGCGUGGUUUUCACCCAUCUACGAAAUUACACCCGUUUUCCCGUGCAACCCGGGCAAUGUCACUAUCUUGGAUGAGCCGCAAGACUUUUAUGGAGCGAUUGAGCGCGGAAUAUCGACCGCCAAGCGACGUAUUGUGCUAGCCUCUUUGUAUCUUGGCGCCGGUGAAGGUCGUGUGAGGGACGCUCUUAAAACAGCGUUGACUAAAAAUAAAGACUUAGAAGUACACAUUCUCCUCGACUACUUCCGGGGUACACGUGGACCAAAAGAUAGUAGCGUAUCGUUACUGUCGCCUUUAGUUCAAGCAUAUCCAGAGCGGGUGAAGAUAUCAUUAUAUCAUACACCCGCAGUUGGAUCGCUUUUGAAGCGCUUGGUUCCACCAAGAUUCAUCGAAGGCUUUGGCUUGCAACAUAUGAAGAUAUAUAUAUUUGAUGAUGACGUGCUACUGAGCGGGGCCAAUCUCAAUACCGAUUAUUUUGUGGAUCGUCAGGAUCGCUAUGUCCUAUUUCGAAGUACCGCGUCCAUAAGCGACUUUUAUGCAGACUUGGUCCGAACAGUCAGCCGCUUCUCGUAUUCCCUCGUUCCGGGAAAAGUGACCACUGCGACAUCCAUUGCAGUGAAUCUUCUUCCUCCACCAGCAUCCUUAACUGGAGGAAGGGUAGACCGUCCCAAAUUGAAACGAGUAGCAUCAUCAGAUAUGCACUCUUUCUGCAAAAGAUGGCAUGAGAAGACUAGCGAAUUGAGGGAACAGCUGGUUGAGCGGCGGGCGACAACCGACACAAUCGUAAUGCCGAUGAUUCAAAUGGGACAGCUUGGGGUUCAUCAGGAAGAAUCUGUACUCGACCGGCUUUUGAAAAUCAUGGACUGCCAGAAACUUACAGAAAAAGAAGGCCGUUGGACAGUGCACUUGAGCUCUGGCUAUUUAAACUUUCCCGAAACUCUACUACGCCCGAUAUUAGGAUCCUCAGCUCUCUAUCGUAUAUUGACAGCAUCCCCAGAGGCAAACGGGUUUUUUGGUUCGAAGGGAGUCUCUCGAUAUCUACCAGCGGCAUACACGUACCUAGAAACAAAACUCUUAGAACGGGCACAGCGGUUGGGGAGGGGUGAGAGUUUGAUUGUGCAUGAGUGGAAGAGGAAAGGUUGGACCUUUCACGCUAAAGGACUUUGGUGCACGCCUCCUGGCGAGUCCUCACCGUUGGUGACAGUUAUUGGCUCGUCAAAUUUUGGAUACCGAUCAUUAUUCCGAGAUGUGGAAGCACAAGCUGUGAUAGCUACAGUUAAUGAAGAUCUUAGACGACGAUUGCAGCUGAACAUCGAUCACCUUUAUGCACAUUCACGACCUGUGAAACAAGAUGAACUUACUCACGGUGACAGAAGAGUGCCGCUCGGAGUCGUCGUAGCCACGCGCAUGAUUCGGACCAUGCUAUAAUUUAAGACUUUCUCCGAUAAUACUCAACGCGCCCUUGUUUCUAUACAUUAUAUACAGGCGUUACCUCCGUAGCAUUGGCAGUCAUUAGUACAUCGACGGAACUGCGCUACCUAGGUUCAACCAGCCGCUUGAUAUUUCUUUAGAUUUUGCAGGUCAUUCAAAGUGCUAUGGAUUGUAUUGUCGUCCAACGUUUCUCGAUUCAGACUUUCAAGAUAGCAACAUUACUUUUUCGUGAUCGUACUUUCACUCAGCGAAGAACAGACAUUACCUUGGGAUAAGCGACCUUGCUUCCUCCACUGACUCUAUCCCGAGAUUCCCCAUAAGCCCAAUUUCGAAUGGUUCGUAUUGUGAACUAUCUAUUG